UUGCGCAUGUCUGCGCAUGUUGUGCGCUGCAGGGACGUGCUUUAAUACCAGCUCGAGACUUCCGGUUUCUAACCGGCGGCGUGUUUUUAAACUGAAGUGGACGAAAGCCUGCAGACUGAAACUAAAGAUGCAUUCUCCGCCCACAAAGGAGAAUCAAAGAGAAAGCCCGUCCCGUCUCUGUGUUGGUGUCAGUCGUGAGUCUCCUCUGCCCUCCAUCUCUGAGCGUCUGGCGUACCUGCGGCCGUCCCGGGAGCUGCUGGAGUUCUACAGACAGAAGGUGGCUCAGUUUGAUGGAGAACACGAGGAUCUGCUGCAGAUGCUGGAGAAAUACAGAGGCACCGCUGAGGAGCAGCACAAGUUGCAGUGGGAAGUCCGUCAGCGCGAGGAGGAAAUCGCGGAGCUCCAGAAAGCUCUCAGUGAUAUGCAGGUGUAUCUCUUCCAGGAGAGAGAGCAAGCGCUCCGUCUGUACGCCGAGAACGACCGGCUGAAAAUCAGAGAGCUGGAGGACCGGAAGAAGAUCCAGCAUCUUUUAGCGCUCGUGGGUCCAGAUCCGGGCGAGAUCACCUAUUUUCACCGCGAACCUCCACACAAGGUCACUAUUCCUCAAAGGAAGAUCCAGCCGAGAUCACUGGAGGAUUCAAAGGUGGCAAAACCUUCAAAGCUUGGAUCAGCAAAAGGAAGCAGAAAAUCAUGUAAAGAGGGAAAAGAUGCUAGAAGUUCAGAGCAACACAAGCAAGACAACCAGACGUUACUGCUGCAGGUGGAGGCGCUGCAGGCUCAGAUGGAAGAGCAGACUCGGUUGGCUAAAGAACAGGUGGAGGCACUGCUGGAGGACAGACGCAUUCAUCUGGAGGAGAGACAGGUGCAGCAGAAGCGUGACCAGGAUGGAAGCACAGCCCUCACGGACAAACUCCAGCGCACACAGAACCUUCUGUACGAGAGCACCAAAGACUUCCUGCAGCUGAAGUUUGAGAGUCGAGCUCACGAGAAGGGCUGGAUGGUUGAGAAGGACCGUCUGCUGCGUGAGCUGGACUCGUGUCAGGAGAGACUCCGAGCGAGCCGCAGUCAUCCCGAGCAGCGGCCUCCAUCCGUAGAGCCUCCGUUUCUCACACAGCCCGGCAGAGAGACCAGCCAGACUCGCCGAGAAGAGAUCAGGGCUUUGCAGGAGGAGCUGAAACAGACUCAUAAACUAGCCGACAUGUACCGAGAGCAGUGUGUGACGCUAGAGACUGACCUCUCCCAGAUCAGAGAACAGGGAGAUGUUGGUCGAGAGAUAUUCAAGGAGCGCUCCGAUAAGAUGGCCAAGCGUCUUCAGCUGAUGACUCAACGCUAUGAAGCUCUGGAGAAGAGACGUGCCCUGGAGGUCGAGGGGUUUAAGACCGACAUCAAACAUCUGAGGCAGAAAGUCAAAGAUGUGGAGAAACUACUUUUCAAACUGACGCUCAGCGCGAGUCCUGACAAGAAUAUGGCGAUGCUACAGGAAGUGCGACAGAGCAACAAACGCACGCUCAGAGUCCAGAAUGAACUGAAGACCCUAAAAGCAAAAAUCUACAAACUGGAGAAUGAACUGAAAUCCUGAAGCUA